AUCACGAACAGCAACGGUGCCUGCUCUCAGAGGUUUCUGUAACAGCAGAACCUAUACUUACUAGAGGUGGCCUGAAGUCAAAAUGUUAAAGAGGAAGCCAUCCAAUGCUUCAGAGAAGGAGAAACACCAAAAACCGAAGCGCAGCAGCAGUUUUGGGAAUUUUGAUCGUUUUCGGAAUAAUUCCAUAUCAAAAUCUGAUGACUCAAUUGAGGUCCGUGACGGGGAACUGACAAAUGGAAGUGAGGAACAAAGCAAAACUUCAAGCAAUGGAGGAAGUCUAGGUAAAAAAGUGAGGGCUAUUUCAUGGACAAUGAAGAAAAAAGUAGGGAAAAAAUACAUCAAAGCUCUUUCUGAGGAAAAAGAGGAGGAAAUUAGAGAGGAAACCCUCCAGUAUCGGAACAGUGAUCCCAUGAUUGGAACACGUACAGAGAAGAUCUCUCUUAAGGCCAGCGACUCUAUGGACAGUCUUUACAGUGGGCAGAGCUCAUCAAGUGGGAUAACAAACUGUUCAGAUGGAACAAGCAAUCGGGACAGCUUUCGACUGGACGAUGACAGCCCCUACUCAGGGCCAUUCUGUGGCCGUGCCCGAGUGCACACAGACUUCACACCAAGUCCCUAUGACACAGACUCCCUUAAAAUCAAGAAAGGAGACAUCAUAGACAUUAUCUGCAAAACACCGAUGGGAAUGUGGACAGGGAUGCUAAACAACAAAGUGGGGAACUUCAAGUUCAUUUACGUGGAUGUUAUCUCAGAAGAGGAAGCAGCUCCUAAGAAAGUAAAGGUGCCCAGAAGCAGUAGAAGAGAAAACCCCCAGACUCUCCAAGAAUUCUUAGAGAGGAUUCAUCUCCAGGAAUAUACUUCAGCAUUUCUGCUCAAUGGUUAUGAGGCCCUGGAUGACUUGAAGGAUAUCAAAGAAAGCCAUCUCAUUGAACUAAACAUUGCCAAUCCAGAAGACAGGGCGAGGCUCCUGUCUGCUGCUGAGAGUCUCCUGGAUGAAGAAACUGCUGUGGAGCACGAAGAGGAACCUGUGCCUCUGUCCUCAAACCCAGACAUGUUGAGUGAAUCACAGUUAGAUGACUGCCCGAGGGACUCUGGCUGUUACAUCUCAUCAGGAAACUCAGAUAAUGGCAAAGAAGAUCCAGAGUCCGAAAGUCUGCCUGACAUGGUACAGAAGAUUUCCAUCACGGAGCCCAGUGACUGAACACACACCCUCGUGUCCACACCCACAGCUGAAUUCCAUUCGAGCUCUUUGUCUGCUACGGGAUCCAAUGGAAGGGUUCCAAAUGCAUCCCAAUGGGCAAGGGGUUUUAAUUUGAAUGACUGGACCUGCAAAUUUGUAUCUCUCAACUAUGAGUGAGGGUGCAUACAACGUAUAUUUAUUAAAUCCUGUGUGUUAAAGUUUACCUACCUAUAUUAGAAAAAAGAUAUAAUGCAAGCCCCUAUGUGGUAUAUACUGAAUUUGCCUUUAUGUCAUAAGUGUAAAAAAUAUAGACAUGGAGACCAUGUCUUAUUGAAUAUGUUGUAGAAGGAGUUUCAGUUGAACUAAUUUCUAUGGAGGAUAGAAUAUGUACUCAUUACUAAUUACUAGGAAAGUGGAUAUUGAGAUUAGAGACUUUGUUUUAUGCAAAGAUGGAGUUUUAGUAACAAUUUUCUGUUUGUUCUUCACUCUGUUAUCUGAUAUGCAGAUAGAGUUAA